GAGUGGUAGACGUGUGCUUCACACAUCCUAGGAAACAACACCGGAGUGACUUCCGCCCACACGAAAGAUGGCGGCUCCCUUGAUGGAGGAAUUGUCUGAAUAUUUAGGUUCCUCAGAACCGGCUGUUCGGCUGAUUCUAUCCAUUUUGUUGGGAUACCCUUUUGCUGUCAUUUACCGGCGAUAUAUUUUUUACCAGACCCCGUCGAUCAUCCACCUUUACCACGCAUGCUCUGGACUGGCUCUGGCAGCUUUUAAUUUUGGCUCUCAGGUAUAUCACUCUGCAUUAUGCAUUGUCAUCCAGUUCUUGUUGCUGAGGCUCAUGGGAAGGACAGUGACAGCCGUUCUGAGCAGCUUUCUCUUUCAGAUGACCUAUCUACUGCUAGGAUAUUACUACACUGCAACAGAGGAGUAUGAUAUAAAAUGGACCAUGCCACACUGUGUCCUGGCACUCAAACUGAUUGGUAUGUCAUUUGAUUACUAUGACGGAGGAAGGGAACCAUCUCAGCUGAAUGCAGAACAGAAGAGUAGUGCGCUGGCUGAAGUUCCCUCACUGCUGGAGGUGUGUGGCUUCUCCUACUUCUAUGGAGGGUUUCUGGUUGGGCCACAGUUCACACUACGCACGUAUCAGAAGUUGGUCUCCAAGGAGCUCUCGGACACUCCAGGAGAAUUACCUGACAGCGUGCUGCCUGCCAUAAAGCGCUUCAGCGUGGGUCUUCUGUGUCUGACCAUCUUCACGAUAGCGGGCCCCUACUACCCAGACAGUUACUUUCUGACAGAUGAGUUUGAGGCCCAGCCUUUCUGGUACCGAUGUGUGUUCAUGCUGCUCUGGUGCAAGGUCAACCUGUACAAAUAUGUCAGCUGCUGGCUCAUAUCAGAGGGAGUGUGUAUACUUGUUGGGCUUGGAUACAAUGGGAGGGACCAGGACGGGGAGCAUCAAUGGAACGCUUGUGCCAACAUGAAGAUGUGGGUAUACGAGACCACGCCCCUCUUCACGGGCACCAUCAAUUCUUUCAACAUCAACACCAACGCAUGGGUGGCAAGACACAUUUUUAAAAGGUUAAAGUUCUUGGGAAACAAGAUGGCGUCUCAGAUGGCCACACUGGUGUUUUUGGCUGUUUGGCAUGGCCUCCACUCCGGCUACCUGCUCUGCUUCUCCAUGGAGUUCAUCAUCGUCAACGUGGAGAAGCAGGCCAUAACAUUAGUGAAGGACAGUCCUUUACUGACCAGCUUGGCCAACAGUCCCCUGUACCCCUUCAUAUAUGUGGUCCAGCAGUUCAUCCACUGGCUCUUCAUGGGCUACCCUCUGGUGGCCUUCUGCCUCUUCACCUUUGACAAGUGGCUCAAGGUGUACUCGUCUGUGUAUUUCUGUGGUCACAUCUUUUUCCUCAUUGCCUUCCUCAUCCUGCCAUACCUCCGCAAGGCACUGGUGCCGAGGAAAGGAGAGAAAAAACAGGAGUAAAACAAAGGUCUCGUUGUUUGGGAUGCUGCCGCUGACUGAAGGGAAUUCAGGCUUUGACAAUAACAUGAAAGUGUUUUAGGCCUUUAGUAAUUUAUACAUGUAUAUAAAUUGUACAUGUACAGAGUUAUUUUCCAUUUCAUACAUAUAUAUACACACACAUAUAUAUAUAUAUA